AUGGCUUCACUACCGAAAAGUCGAGUUACGCAAGCUAAAGCUUUUCUUAAUUCUGCUGUUGACUUCGGAGGUCCUUAUUACAUAACUUUGACCCGUCAUCGUGGUGUCAAAGCUUGCAAAGCUUAUAUAUGUGUUUUUGUAUGCCUUGUUACGAAAGCUGUGCAUUUAGAGUUAGCUAGCGAUUUAUCAUCUGAAACGUUUCUUUCUGCCUUGCAGCGUUUCAUUGCAAGAAGAGGAAGAAUUCAAACAAUUUUUUGUGAUAACGCCACAAACUUCGUUGGAGCAAGUAAACAAUUAAAGCUGAUGCAAACUGCAGCUCAACAAGAAUCUAUAAAUUUUAAGUUUUCACCACCCUCUGGUCCCCAUUUCAACGGACUAGCUGAAGCUGGUAUCAAAUCCGUGAAACUCCAUCUAACGAAAGUAAUUGGUGACCAAAUUCUUUCGUACGAAGAGUUCAACACCAUUUUGACGUUGGUCGAAUCCAGUUUGAAUUCGCGUCCACUGACACCACUGUCCUCAGAUAUUGAAAGUAUUGAUAUUUUGACGCCUGGACACUUUCUCAUGAUGGAACCGCCAUCUGCAGUUCCCACUCCAGAGUUUUCUGAUUUACCCUUGAACCGUUUAUCUAGAUGGCAACUUCUGCAACGCAUUCAUCAUGAUUUUUGGCGUCGUUGGCGCCAAGAAUAUUUACAUACGCUGCAGCAGCGUACCAAGUGGCUGGAUCCACUAUCACCUCCUAAAAUUGGCACGGUGGUGUUGAUAAAAGAUAAUAAUGUUCCGCCGGGCAAAUGGAAUUUAGGUAAAAUCCUUGAUUUACACCCUGGUGACGAUAAGGUUGCUCGCGUCGCCACCAUUAAAACCUCUACAGGUUUACUAAAACGACCACUUGUGAAACUUUGCCCACUUCCCAGUGAGCAAUCCUAA